UUCAAUAAAUCCCACAAAAAACCACAUCACAAAUCCCUGGGGCCCUAUAUGGAUAAGUGAUAAGGUAUCAAACACAAUCCCACCCAAUCAAACACAUUUCUCCCCACAGAAACAACUCACAACCACCAAAUCCAGCAGCAAAAGAUACUGCAACAUAUCUUUAUUAUAAAUUUUAUUUUUUGAGUUAUAAACAGCCUCUUCCAAUCAAGAAAUCUCAGUCAAGAAAUGGCAGCUGCUGCUUCAACAAUGGCAAGCCAACUCCAAAGCAACUUUGCCUCUUCACUCACAAGGAAGCUUGCCACUCCAAAGGGCAUCUCUGGUGCUCCCUUUAGAGUCUUGCCCUCUGGGAGGAGAGCCACUUCCUUCACCGUCAAGGCCAUCCAAUCGGAAAAGCCUACAUACCAAGUCAUUCAACCAAUCAAUGGUGACCCAUUCAUUGGGAGUCUCGAGACACCUGUCACCUCAAGCCCAUUGGUGGCAUGGUACUUGUCCAACCUCCCGGCCUACCGGACAGCUGUCAACCCGCUGCUCCGAGGGGUCGAGGUUGGGCUGGCCCACGGGUUUCUCCUCGUGGGCCCAUUCGUGAAGACGGGCCCGCUUCGGAACACCCCGAUUGCAGGUAGUGCGGGCUCAUUGGGCGCGGCCGGACUAGUUGUGAUCCUCAGCAUCUGCCUGACCAUUUAUGGGAUCGCGUCUUUUAAGGAGGGGGAGCCGUCGACGGCUCCUGGCCUGACGCUAACGGGGCGGAAGAAGGAGCCCGAUCAGCUGCAGACGGCCGACGGGUGGGCAAAGUUCACCGGCGGAUUCUUCUUCGGAGGGAUCUCCGGUGUGACUUGGGCUUACUUUUUGCUCUAUGUUCUUGACCUUCCUUACUUCGUUAAGUAAGGUGGGAAUUAAUGUAUGUGUUUUUGUUGAACGGAAAGAAGUUGUAUAUUGGGGGAUUCUUGAUCAUGACUUUGAUGGAUCCUUGAUGUUUGUAUGAUGGAUUCUUAGUUA